CCCUCUGACUGUGGCACGGAUUCUCAUUUCAGCUUUCAGACCCUCGAAUAUCUCAUCUCAAGGAAUGUGUUACAACAUUUUCUCCAGAGGGUCGUUUUGAAAGGAGGGGUUUCUGCGCCCACUGUCUGCCUUUGGAUAAUUACAUUUACAAUUUGAGUGUCUGCCGAGGUCAGCUACACGGCAAUAUCUCGCUUGGAAGAGCUGAACUUCACUCGGGUCUUUUUGAAUGAAGCCCUAUUGACCAUUUUUCAAGAGUGUAGAUUUGGAACAUUUUGGACUGCUCUAGUGGUCUUUUUUUUUGUGGGAGAAUAGACGAUUAACUGAUUAUUUUCACCUAUGUAUCUAGGAGGUUAAACAUGGAUUGUCACACAUCCAAGAGCUUGGGAUGCGUUUCAUGGUAGAUCCCAGGAAACACAAGUUCAACGCAAGGAUUCAAUAAGGAUUACAUUAACACCUGCCACUAAUACUCGUAUACAUUUAAAGAAAACAAGAAGAUGGCAUCCAGCUUGACGUGCGCGGGGAUCAUAUGGGCACUCCUUUCACUUCUAUGUGCAGCUGCAUCAUGUGUUGGAUUUUUUAUGCCCUACUGGCUUUUGGGAUCACAAAUGGAUAAGCCUGUGUCCUUUGGCACUUUCCGGAGGUGUUCGUACCCAGUAAGGGAUGAGACCCGGCAACUGACGGUAAUGGUGGAGCAGUGCGGCAGGUAUGCAUCCUUCCAGGGCAUACCGAGCCUGGAGUGGAAGAUCUGUACCAUAGUUACCGGUGUGGGCUGCGGGCUGCUGCUACUCGUGGCACUUACUGCCAUCAUGGGCUGCUGUAUCACAGAACUCAUUUCCAGGACAAUUGGAAGAGUAGCGGGUGGAAUGCAGUUCGUUGGGGGUAAGAAAAAACAAAACAACUUUCUUUCUUUCUUUCUUUCCAUGAAGUGGCAUUUUAUCCGGGCUUUUUAACCGUUUAAAAACUGACAGACUAUACACAGAACACAUGCUGGUGGUUACGGGUGAUAUAUUUU